CUAGCCACCACUGAGAGAGAGAAAGAGAAGAGAGAGAGAGAGAGAGAGAGAGAGAGAGGCAUGGAGGUACUUCUAAGACCAGUCUCUUCGACAUUUUCUCUCCCAAUGUUCCCAUCUCAUGACAGAGGUUACGUGAAAAGGAAUUCUAUCUCCUUCACUGCUAGAAGAAUUCCAGUGAGUAAUCUACAUAGGAUCAAUAGAAAAUGGAAUGUCAAUCAAAGCUUUGAGCUUUCAGCAUUACCCAACAAUCUUCAAACUUUUGAGAAGCUUCCCAGCAAUGAAAGUAUUAUAUUAGAGAAUGAGUUUUCACCAAAAAAUCAAGAAGACCAACAUGUGAGCCUUCUGAAGAAAUUGGAAGCAUUUUAUCAUUUUUGCAGGCCAUACACUAUCAUAGCAAAGAAUGUGGGGGUAUUAUCAGUUUCUCUUCUGCCAAUACAAUCAAUUUCUGAUCUUUCUCCAACAUUCUUUUUGGGAGUUUUGAAGGCAUUGGUGGUGGGAACAUUGAAUAUGAUCUAUAUAAAUGGAAUGAAUCAACUGUUUGAUAUCGAAAUUGACAAGGUUAAUAAGGAAUUUCUUCCAUUAGCUUCUGGAGAGUUAUCAACUACAGAUGUUGCGAUCACCUCUUGUUUCGCUAUUAUACUGAGCAUUGGCAUCGGACUAAUGUCUAAGUCUCCAGCACUUCUCUGUGCUGCAGUUGUUAGCUUUUUAUUUGGAACUGCGUAUUCUGUCAAUCUUCCCUAUCUUAGAUGGAAAAGACACCCUUCACUUUGUAUACCAGGCCAGGCAUUUUGGUGUGCUUUGGGUCUUCAAAUCCCUUAUUUUAUACAUACCCAGAAAGAUUUACUUGGGAGGCCAAUCUUUAUUACGAAGUCGUUAGUGUUUCAAGCUAUGAUGAUUAGUUUGAUCUGCAUUCCCCAAAUGAUGUUAAAGGACAUCUCAGAUACAAAUGGAGAUAGAGAAAAUGGCAUUGAAACUGUCAGCACCCAAAUUGGUGAAGAAAGGGCAUUUUCUGUUUCUGUCAAAAUCCUAUUAGCAGAAUAUUGUGCUGCUAUGAUAGUAGGGGCUACAUCAUCAUUUUGGUUUGGCAAGCUUAUAUCAGUAUUUGGUCACCUUGCACUUGCUUUAGCGCUUUGGAACCGUUCCCAAGAUACUAACCCCACAAAUCCAUCAGCAGCACAAUCCUUUUAUAUGUUCUUUUUUAAGGUGAGCAAACUUCGAAAAUUAUUUGAAGAAAUUGUGAAGUUGGAGUAA